GGCCGAGGGAGACUAGUGCUCAGCGAGGCGCCCGCGGCUUCACUCGUUCUCGCUCUGGUCUUGGUUGCUCUGUCGGACGAACCUGUGCUCGCAGUGGGAUUUGGAGAUUCACGCGCAGAGGACCCGUCAGCCAGAAAAGCUCUUUGGUUACGCCAACUCGUUUAGAUCAACGCUUUAAAAACGAAAAUUUGGGGCGGUUGUCCCGCUGCCAGUUCCCGAGCGAACACCGCGCCCAAAGCCCCACUAACAGUCGCCUCCACUAACAACUAGGCCUCCAGCCCCCGAGCGGAGCACCCUAGGCCUCCUCCAGAAGGCCUAGCCAGAGACCUCGUCCUCCACCUCCUCCUCCUCCUCCUCCACUCCGCCUCGCCAUGGAUCAGGUUGGUCGAGCCGUUCGCAGGGCGGCUCCCGUGGGCUGGGCGUUCUUUAAUCACGCCCACAUCGCCGCCCUCCGCGCCCACCCGUCUUGCAUGCCCCUUAUUCUGCUCCGAAGUAGACACUCGAGGCCGUCCUGGCCUGCCCCGGGCGCCGCUGCAUGCCGCAACCUCUAUGUGUCCGCCCAGCAGGACGCCUCGUGGAGGGACAGCAUCUGCAUCUCCGUGGACUGCGAAGAUGAGCCAGUGGCAGCCAUCAAUGUGGAGGACCAACUCUUCGACAUGUUCAAGGACGACACGGACCAAAAGGUCCACAUGGGGAGAUUUCUGGCCGCUCUCACAGACACAGGCUUGAGGAAGACGGACCCGCGCCUCCUUGAGCUGAGGAACAACCUGAUGGAAGUCCACACCAGCCUCGAGUACCCGGAGGACUCUUCCAUCAACGCUCUGCAGCUUGAAAAAGGAACAUUUAAGAGGCAUCAACGGUCACGCUCGCAGAGCCCGUCAGUCAACGGAUCUCCUUCCCACCGCGCCUAUCCCAUCACGUCUCCCACAUCAAGAUGGCUCGACAGACCGCAGUUCAAGAAGGUGAUUCAGGACAACAUUGUCUUGAUAUCGAGGGCCCUCCGGCACCAAUUUGUCAUCCCAGAAUGGCUUGACUUCAUCUCACACAUCGAAGAGUUCUACUGGUCCGUCAAAGGGCUGACAGGAGGAAAGGUUGCCUCCUACAUCCCGCAGCUGACGAGGUUUAGCCCCGACCACUGGGGGGUGUCGGUGUGCACCAUUGAUGGCCAACGGUAUUCUAUUGGCGACACUGAUAUUCACUUCACCAUGCAGUCUUGUAGUAAACCAGUAACGUAUGCGAUUGCUCUUAAUGAACUGGGUAACGAAACAGUCCAUAAAUAUGUAGGGACUGAACCCAGCGGUCGUAUGUUCAACGCAAUUGUCCUCGACUAUAAUGAUAAACCACACAAUCCCUUGGUGAACGCUGGCUCUAUACUCGUUAAUGGUCUCCUACAAAGUCUAGUCAAAUCCGAUAUGUCUUCGUCCGAAAAAUUCGAUUACCUUCAGCAGUAUUUUAAGCGCAUGGCCGGGGGCGAGUACGUGGGCUUCAGCAACGGCACCUUCCUGUCGGAGCGGGAGAACGCCGACCGCAACUUCUCGCUGGGCUACUACAUGCGCGAGAACAAGUGCUUCCCCGAGAAGUGCGACCUCAUGGCGUCGCUCGAUCUCUACUUCCAGGUAGCUGCAGUCCCCGCUUAUGGUCUCGCUUUUUCUGUUAGCAUUAUUAGUUCUUAUUACUGUAAUUAUUUUUAUUAUUACUGUUAGUAUGAUUAUUAUUAU